AUGCAGCUGUUGAGUUUUGUUGCUGUAACGGAGAUCAGCCUUACGAUGCACAACUUGUCUGCUCAUGUGGUUUUUGGAGCUUAUUGGGAUAUCAGCCAAGUCCCGAGUUCAUGCUCAACUGCCUGCGGCAACGGUACCCUGGAGUACCUGCCGAUCUGCAAGGACGCGGAUGAACAGAUCAACAGUGUUUACUGCACUAGAUUUGCAAAGCCGAAGUCAGUCGUGCAGGCCUGCACACGAGGAUGUGGACCCUUCAUCGUGGAUAACGUCACCAUCGUGCAACCUGACGCAUGCAUUCCCGUCGGCAGCUCUGCUCAAGUCAGUUGCAUCAACGGAUACUCGCUGUUCGGCAACGGGAGGUGA